AUGCAUUUGAACAAGCUAGUUGAUUUUAACUACUUCGUAGGUCUAGACGCCCUUAAGAGUUUUGAUAUAGUUAAUUAUCUAAUAGCAGUCAUUGUUCUAUUGGCAAUAGUACUAGCCAUAUUUAAUGAAGAUACAUCUACGGGAUCCCCAAGGUUAUCUUGGGUAUUAGGAGAAUAUUUGCCAAUACAACAGUCUAUUUUUUCUCUAAAUACGAAUGCAGAAAAGCAAUUAUUUAAGAAGGAAAAUAGGAAAACAUAUGCACUUAUCACAUUUGUAUGUAAUUUUUUUAUGAAAUUAAAAUGUUCCGUAUGGGAAGGUACAUUUUUACAUUUACUAAAUGAGUGGUAUAAAAGUGGGAUCAAUAAAUUAGUAUUAUAUAAAAAGUUGGCUGUGUUAAAAUACAAAUCUGAAUCGAAAAGACACUUUUAUUAUUUGGUUCUAAAGCAUAAAUACAAAUUGCCAAUUGACAAAAAUGAAAAUGAAAUGAAAAGUUAUUUAGACGCAAAAAGAGAAAUGGUUCGUAUAAAUAGAUGGGCAUUUAUGUGGAAAGUAUCUGAUGUGAAAAAUGAAUACAUUACUUGUGAAAAUAGUAAAGUAAGACCUAUAUCUUCAUAUUCAUAUUUAGAUUUUAUAAGAGAACCAUUAGUACAAAAUUAUGCCAUCAAAGCAGCCAUGGAGUGGUCGACAGGAAAUCAUGGUCCUAGAUUAUUAGGUGGGAAUAAUGAAAUUUUAAGAGACUUAGAAAAAACGGUUGGUAAAUUUUUUGGUAGAAACGAUUCUAUUUUAGCUGUUUGUGGGUUCUUAGCUUGUAUGUCAGGUAUAGCAGCAGUGGCUACAUCAAGUGAUCUUGUUUUAUAUGACAGUCGUACGCAUGCUUGUGUAAAAAUAGGAAUUCAAAUAAGUGGUGCGAAAGCUUACACAUUUAAACAUAACAAUUGUAACCAUUUAGAAACAUUGUUAAUAAAACACAGAAGCAAAUAUAGAACCUGUUGGGUAUGUCUUGAAUCUGUAUACUCCAUGGAUGGUGAUAUACCACAUUUGCCAUCCUUUAAAAAAAUAUGCGUUAAAUAUAAUGCGAAAUUAUUUGUAGAUGAAGCACAUGGAUUGGGAGUUUUAGGAAAAACAGGAAGAGGAUUAGAAGAACAUUUUAAUAUGCCAGGAUCUGUAGAUUUAAUAGUAGGAACCUUUAGUAAAUCGAUUGGUGCAGUUGGAGGAUACAUAGUUGCUUCCGAUGAUGUAAUAGAAUUUAUGGACAUUCAUUGUAUAGGCAAUGUUUUUUCAGCACCUCUACCUGCAUAUUGUGCAGGUGGUGCAUUAAAAGCUUUUGAAUUAAUAGAUACACAACCAUGGAGGAUUGAAAAACUUAAAUUCAACACAAAAUAUUUAAGAAAUGGAUUAAAGACAGGUAUGGGUCUAUGGCCAAAAGAAUAUCCGGAAUGUUAUAAAUAUAUCAUUGAAGGUGAUGAUGAGACAAGUGUUAUACCAGUUAUUUUUCCAAAUGACCCUGAUAGAUUACUAAAAAUUUGUAAUGUUCUUUUUCAAAAAAAAUGGAUGAUUUCAGCAGUUACUUAUCCUGCAUGUCCUUUAAAAUUCCCCAGAUUUAGAGUCACAGCGACCGCUGCAUAUUCAGUUGAAUACAUGAACGAUUUUAUUCGCGAUUUGGUUAAUGCAACUAUUUUUGUGGAACCUUCUCCAUUCGAUAGUGGUGUUUUAUAA